GUUGUCUAGCUUUCUUGCAUCAGCAAAUACUGAAGGCUCUUAAUCUCCCUGGAGGAAAAGCUGAAAGUGGACAGGAAGCAGUCACUGGAGAGAUACAGACGCCGACAUCAAAGAUGAGGAUGAAGGGCUGUGAAGCUAUGGAAGAAUAUUCAGUGAGAAUCCAGAAAACAAGGAAGCAACUGAGAAGAAAACAGCAGAGCUCCAAACGAGAGUGGAAGCCUCUGGAGGACCACAGCUGCACAGAUGUACCAUGGCUGCUCUUAUUCAUCCUCUUCUGUGUAGGAAUGGGUUUUAUCUGUGGCUUUUCAAUAGCUACAGGAGCAGCUGCAAGACUGCUUUCGGGAUAUGACAGUUAUGGAAAUAUUUGUGGACAGAAAAAUGUCAAGGUGGAGGGAAUACUCAACAGUGGUCUGGACCUUACACACAAGAAGUAUGUAUUCUUCUUGGACCCAUGCAACAUUGAUCUAGUACAUCAGAGGAUCAAGUCUCUUGCUUUGUGUGUGUCAGCUUGCCCAAGAAAAGAACUGAAAACUCUGGCUGAUAUUCAGAAAUUUGCAGAAACUAAUGGAUCCACUCUGUGUAGCUAUGAACUACAGCCAUCAGAAUACACUACAGACCCGAGGGCCACCAAGUUAUGUCCUAAAUAUCCUGUUCCAGAGAGUGCACCUAUUCCAUUCUUCCAUCGCUGUGCUCCUGUGAACAUUUCCUGCUAUGCCAAGUUUGCAGAGGCCCUGAUCACCUUUGUCAGUGACAGUAGUGUCUUACACAGGCUGAUUAGUGGAGUUAUGACCAGCAAAGAGAUUAUAAUGGGACUUUGCUUGUUAUCACUAGUGCUGUCCAUGAUUUUGAUGGUUAUAAUCAGGUACAUUUCAAGAGUACUUGUCUGGAUUUUAACAAUUCUUGUCAUUCUGGGAUCACUUGGUGGUACAGGAGUCCUGUGGUGGCUCUAUGCUAAGCAACGAACAUCUGCCAGUGCUAUUGAGACGCAAAUAGCCAAAGACAAUCUUCAGGCUCUCCUGAUCUAUGCCAUUUCAGCUACAGUCUUCACGGUUAUCUUGUUCUUGAUAAUGUUAAUUAUGCGCAAACGAGUAGCUCUCACCAUUGCCUUGUUCCAUGUGGCCGGCAAAGUCUUCAUUCACCUGCCGCUGCUAGUCUUCCAGCCAUUUUGGACAUUCUUUGUGCUUAUCCUCUUCUGGACAUACUGGAUCACAGUCCUGCUUUUCCUUGGUACUACAG